UUCAUUAACAUUGGGGGUGACAUAAGCAAUUUGUUGUUGUCAAAAACCCUAACUGGACCGACAAAAGGGUUUAUCCUAACCGGACCGAACCCCUUCUUUCCCACUUCGAAUCUCUCUCUUCCAUUCUCUUCACUCUCUUUCAGAUUCCUCCUCUCUUCUCUCUUUGCGUUUUCAUUCCUUUUUAUUUCUGAAUAUUUAGCUUACAACUAUGGAGGAGUUAUCUUCUCUCAUUACGGUGGAGAAGACCAUGCGCACCGCCUCUGUUGUGGAGGACAUGGUGGUGGACACAAUUCUUGUCGCCGCCAAAUCUCUCCUUUGCCUUCUCAUUCUGUCAAAGUCAACGGGAGCUGAUAGUGAAUUCUUUUUUUCAUUCGUGUGGGGGGAAAGCGUGUAAAAUACUCUGCUUCCUUUUUUGUGCGGAUUGGGGGUGGAUUUGGUUGCAGCUGAGCCCUAUUCAUAAUUGUUGUUCUUUGAUGCUGCUAGACUGCUGGUUGUGUUCGAUUACAGAAGUUGGUCCGUUUAUUUGUGCUCCGAAUAAAAAAAAAAUUAGUCAGACCGCCGGAUCUCUGCUGACUGACAUCACCCCAGAAUUGACCCCAAUAGAUGGAAGGUUUCCUUUUGCUGAUCUCUACAAGGGAAGACAUACUUACCUUGUGAACAAGGAUGCCAGCGAGUCAGAUGACGAGGAGGAGGAAGAAGAUGAUGACGACGCAAAUGAUCAAGAUGAUGAGGAAGGAGAUGAAGAUUUCUCAGGUGAAAGUGAUGAAGAGGCUGAGCCCGAGGAUGAUCCCGAGGCCAAUGGUGCAGGUGGAAAAGAUGGCGAAGAUGGUGAUGAAUAUAAUGAAGAAGAUGAAGAUGAAGAAGAGGAUGAGGAAGAGGAUGAAGAUGAAGACGAAGAUGAAGAUGAAGAAGAGGAAGAAGAGGUUCCACAGCCACCUGCUAAGAAGAGGAAGUAAAAGUGUAGUAGAUGGUACAGUGUUUUCUUUUUCUGCCAUAUAAGCCCUAGCUAAUCUUAGUUCUCCGAACUAAAGUUUCUUUCAACUUUCCAGUGGAGCCUUCUCCACAUAUAAAAGUUCAAUUUAUGUGUA